AAUACGAUUUGAAAAAUUUCACUUUACAAGAAUUAGAAAAAUUAGAAAACUUUACAAUUCAAAAUUUCAUUGAUAACAAAUGUCCAUCUUCUACCACUUUUAAUAAAAAUGGGAAUGAAAAAUCUUCUCUGCCAGGUUUUACUUUAGAAAACUCUACAACUCCAAAUUUAAAAUAUAAAUACUGUCCUUUUACCUCUCCUAAAAAAGACAACGAUUAG